UUGACACGAGGGGGCGAGGGAUCGAGACUUCUGAGAGAGCUGUGAGUCAGUGGUAUAUAUUUAUCGCCUGCCAGGAACCAUGCGGACCAAUGGCGGCGGCGGGACGGCACGGACCGUGUCCCUGGGACUAGUGGUGUGUGGGGGGAUCCUCCAUCUGUGUGCCUUUGUCAGUGUGUCUGUGUAUCACGAGUUACGGAUCCGUCACUUAGAGCAGCAAAAUGGACAGCAAAAUGUUCACUUUGAAUACGUCACUAGCGGCAUCGAUGGAAACCGAAUCAAAAGAGCAGUGGAGACAAAAGAAAGUGAGAGGGAACUCAUUCGUAGUAUCUUGAGCCAGGUCGCCGAUUUCUUAAAAGCAGACGACACCGAAAGGGCGCGAAAACUCCGCCAAUCGGGAACAUCUGGUAACGAAAUGGCGCAAAUAUUUGAACAGCUUGCGAACUCCGAGCUGGCCAUUUUCAACAAGUACUGUGGACAAAAUAGUACAAUAUGUCUGCCAGGUCCUAAGGGAGAGAAAGGAAAUGCUGGGAUAACCGGAAAUCCAGGAACUCAGGGCGCCCCUGGAAUUCCAGGUGAGAAGGGGUCGAAAGGUGAUGGCGGUGCACCUGGUCUUCAAGGUCAAAAGGGCGAGCCCGGCAUGCUUGGAUUUCCAGGGGUCAAAGGUGAAAAGGGUGACCUUGGUGUGCCCGGAUCUAGUGGACCAGCAGGGGUCAAGGGUGAGAAGGGUGAUAAAGGUGACAUGGGGUUACAGGGUCAACCCGGAAAAGACGGCGCCCCUGGACCUCAAGGGGUUAAAGGUGACAAAGGUCGCGUUGGUGACCCUGGGAUGUUGGGACAGAAGGGCGAUAGAGGAGACUUCGGGCCACCAGGAAUCCCCGGGGCCAAAGGUCAGGCGGGCUUCCCCGGUUUGAAGGGAGACAAGGGAGAGGCAGGAGGUUCCGGUCUUCCAGGCCCUCCGGGAAUUCAGGGGGAGAAGGGUGAGCCGGGACCCAAAGGCGAGGCGGUGGCUGUACAACCAGCUCUUCAAACAUCUACCUGUUGUGACAGUUUAGAAAGGCCUUAUUUCAAUCAAACAUCUCAAGUCAUCAAUGCACUGGAGGGUACAUCAGUAUCACUGCAUUGUGACGCCCAUGGUCACCCAAAGCCAACUGUGGAAUGGACGAUGACCUCUAGAAAUGGGUCAAGGACGGUAAUGACCUUGAGCAAUCAGGAUACCCUAAAUAUCAUGAACCUUGACCCCUACAAAGACUACGGUACCUACACGUGCACGGCGUCCAGUGCUCUGGGAGAAGAAUCUAAAACAGUCCAGCUUAAUGUCUACCAGCACAUUAAAAUAGUCGACCACAUAGCCAACCAUUCUCUGCUCGUCGGUCAAAACGUCAUGUUUGAGUGCAAAUUCGAUGGUGACCCAAAGCCUGCGGUCACGUGGUAUCACGUUGAUAAAAAUGGCGCGAAAACUCAAAUCACGAACGGAAUUAUCAGUAUUCCCGAGGGAUCCCAGCUACAACUGCCGUCUGUCGGGGUGUCGGACAAAGGGGAAUAUGUGUGCGAGGCAAACAACGGGAUAGAGACAAUGUCACAACACGCCUUCCUGGUGACCGAGGGCCCGCCCUCGGUGUUACAGCAAGGACCUGUCACUGCCCUGGUCGGUCAUAACAUCAAGCUCCAUUGUGACGUCGAGGGCGAUCCCAAGCCUACCACCUCCUGGAUAGCGCCGCCUAACGUAAACAACGCUUACGAGGAUAAGAACGGGGACCUGAUACUCCUGAACGUCCAGACUGGGGACGCCGGGGCCUACAUCUGUAAGGCCAGCAACUCGUUCGGAACGGCCAGCUCUGUCGUUACCCUGGUGGUACAUGGACCGGGUAAAGCAGAGAUUGCGGGCUCCCACCUGGUCCCUAUAGAACCAACCUCUACGAAUUUCGCCAUCGACUGCAAGGCGUCUGGCGAGCCACCACUUAACGUCCAGUGGUACCACGACGGUACCCCCGUGUCACCUGACCCCACCCACGUAGUAUUGCCAGACAACACCCUGCUGGUGCUGUCGGUGCAGAGGCCGGCGGACUACGGACGGUACAUGUGUGUCGCCACCAAUUUGUACGGCUCCGAUAACGCGACAGCCUUCGUAUACGAGGACAAAGGAACAACAACAUGCGAUGCUCCAUUCACUCCAUGCCCCGGCAAACUCUGUGGAGCCAAAUGCCCGGCUGGAUGUCAGCAAGUAGUGGUGGAUGGAACCACCUCAUUUCCAGCGUCUGACCCCGUGUGUUUGAGAGGACUUCAGAGCGGGGCGAUACGAAACAAUGGCGGAGUUGUCACGUGGACAACAUCCGGGUCUACCGCCACCAUACAGGUGCCUUAACGGCUCAAACUUUGUUUUGAAGGGUGAAGAUGGGUAUUCGGUGGUGCAAUAAACGUUUUUUUGUUGUUGAA